AUGCGCAUAGAUCCAGAUUGCCGUCCGGAGUCGCUACCAGGACGGACACGGGAGACCAGCCCGCUGACGGUCGAGUUUGACGAUUGGAUACUCCAUUUCAGAGACGCCGGAUGCGACUUGGCCGCGGCUGCAAAGGUCUAUGAGAAGUCGCCUGUCGGGCUCAUCCACCAAGUCGACGCGCUUUGUAGUCCUGGGGCGAGCGGAGGACAUCUGUCAUCCGUUCUACGUGGGAUGGUAGCAGGGUUCCAUUCCGCUGCUCAGGGCCAUCGGCGGAUUGUAGGGGUCAGCGCGAUCCCGCAUAAGGAACCGGACGAUGCUCUUGUUGAUCAAUCUGAGUCUAAGUUCGGGGAAAUUCGCAAGAGGGAACGCAGGCUGAUAUGGAGAAAUCGCAAGUCACCCGCAGCCCUACUUCCCAAACCGGACUCUGGACCGAUUCAUAAGGAGAAAAUAUCGAUCGAUGUCGGAAGCUCGUCCACAGCUGGAGAUGAGGGGAGAGGUACCGCGGUGCUGGAUGGAGGUUGGAACCCAUAUCAAGAAGAACCUCUGGGGACAGCAACAUGGCACAUUGAAGGCUCGCAGGAAUCUCCGUGGGCCCAUACCAAGCAUGCGUGUUCGAUCAUCCGCUCUUCAAGCAGGACAAGCCUCGAUCCCGUCGGAGACCCCCUAGGGCACGCCGCUCGACUCCGCGACCUCGUCUCGAGGAUGGUGACCUCCACGGCGGAUCUUCCUCAGCGCGUGGCAGAAAUCGACGAGACUCGUAGAGCACAACUUACCUGUGCUCCCAGCUAUGAAACGAAACCUGUCACGUCUGCGAUACCAUACCAUGCUGUCCACAGUCCUCCACCCUACGUGAGCAUUGAUCAUGGAGAUGUUAUCCUUACGUGA